AUGGCAGGUAACUUUGUUAAAAAAGAAGAGAAUGUGUUUGAAGAAAUUGUGGCUGACGAAGGUGAAGUUUUGGUGGAAAACAAAAGAAGUUUGUUGGAGGAAAAUGAUAUAGUUGUGUUGAAGGAUAACGAAAAUGAAAAUGAAAUACAACCAGUAUCCACAGCAAAUGAAGCAUUCGCAGUAUAUAAAGAAACUUAUUUUAUUGAAAUAUUUUAA